CUGGGAAAGGCACCAUGGACUGCACUCUUCUGCUUAUCUUCUUGGCACAGCCAGUCCUUAACCUGAGAAAACUCAAUAAAUAUUCUAGACUGUCCUGAAAGCCUGUAGUUAAACAUUAGAGUGUGAAGGGACCUUCAUGGUGGUCCACAGUUAUCCCCUGCUUGUAGCAGAGAUGGCUGAGGUGCAGAGAGGGGUAAAGAACCCACCUCUGGUCUUUAAGGGAGGUGAUGGCCAGGCUUGAGGGUCAAGUGUACUAGUGGUUAAUCUAUGGCCCAUCAUAGCCUACCAUGGGGCCACGUAGUCUCCCUCAAACCGUGAAGUGGAACCAGCUCAGCAUUCAUCCCUUGUAUAUGCAUUUAAGGAAAAAGAUGGUGUUUUGCCUAAUUGGCAAAUGAAAGCUUGUGGUUUGACGGUAUUCAACAUGGCACUCGGUUUCUUUCUCUCUUGCAGACGAUUCAGUGUGGCUCUGAACCCGGGAGGUGCACUAGAAACAGGGCUUUACAUCAAAAGCACAGUUGGACCUAUAGGGGAUCCGAAUCCCGGCAGUAGGUCAUCAGAGACCAGGCACAGGGUGAACCAUUGCUUUGUUAGCUGAUGCGGGUGAAGCCUCUAUCUGCUCAAGGCAGAGCUCCCAGGGUUCCGGGUGGGCUGGACUCCUGGCAAGUUAGAGGCAAAGGAAGGGUGGGAAUCGCCAUGCAAGGUAAAAAGGGAAGCCUGCCACUCCUUGGAGGGAGAUCAAGUGCCAUGGGAGGGAUGUCACUUACAGUUGGGAACAGGAUGCAAAUGUUUUAGAGAAGAAGGAGUGUGGGAGAUUGUAGCGUUUGAAGAAUGGGUGGGCUUCUGCCCAAGAAAUGUGGAUGGACAGGGUGAGCUGGAGGAGAGAUGGUACCAGCAGAGACUAGGAGGUAGGAAAGGAGAGUCAUGGGGGCCAGCUGGCUGGAGUCCAGGAUGAGGUGUGGGGAAGGCAGGACUGAUCCUAAUAAACAUGUCAAAUAUAUUGGAUACACACAUACGUAUGAAGGGACCCGGAGUGGUUACACGUGCUCUGUAGGUUGGGACCAGGAGGUUGAGCAUCACCUCGGCUGCACAUCAACCAGCACUGAGAAAUGUCUGGCCUGCCUUAGCUGGAAGAAGAGACGAAUUGUGAGUGAGAGGUGGUCGGGGUGGGUCACGUAAAGCAGGUGGCAUUGGAUUGGGCUGGGGAGCGGGGGGGUCAUGGGCAGUCUUGCCUUCUCCCAGGACCAUCUCCAGAAUGGAUGGUCCGACACACCCUGACCCCAGGAGACUUGAGGGAUCUCCGAGUGGAGCCUAUCAAAAGCAGUGUUGUGCUGGAGGACUGUUCAAUUUUGAUGAACAUAAGCUGGAUACUCCGGGCAAAUGCCAGCAUAUGCUUGUUGAAAGCCACCAAGAUCUGCGUGACGGGCAAAAGCCACUUCCAGUCCUUCAACUGCAUCAGGUGCAAUUACACUGAGGCCUUCCAGACUCAGACCAGACCCUCUGGUGGCAAGUGGACGUUUUCCUACAUUGGCUUUCCUGUAGAGCUGAACACAGUCUAUUUCAUUGGGGCCCAUAACAUCCCCAAUGCAAAUAUGAAUGAAGACGGCCCCUCCCUGGCUGUGAACUUCACCUCACCAGGCUGCCUGGACCACAUAAUGAAAUACAAAAAAAAGUGCGUCGAGGCAGGUUAUCUGUGGAAUCCAAACAUCACUGCUUGUAAGAAGAAUGAGACCAUGGUAGAAGUGAACUUUACAACCAGUCCCCUUGGAAACAGAUAUAUGGCUCUCAUCCAAACUACCACUGUAAUUGGGAUUUCUUAUGUGUUGGAGGUGCACCAGAAGGAACUAACUCGAACUUCCGUGGUGGUUCAAGGGACUGGGGAAAGUGAAGGUGCUGUAGUCCAAGUAAAGUUGAACGAGAUGCUCUGGGGAGGGGAGGAGAGGGGAAGGGCAUUGAAAAGACCCACUGCACCGCAACUCGUUGCCUUUGAGGAGUCUUUCUAUGUAUGCUGUGGGGCCAUGGAGGGUCCCGGUGGGACACAGCUACACCCGAGACAUAAGGGCCUUUUGGUUCUUCAUUCCGGGGACAUACAAGCAGAGCUCAGACAUGCCCAGUGGAGCAGACUCCCAUCAGCACCUUUGUUUUCUCCAGGCAGAAGUGUGCUGGGUGGAUGGCUGACUCUCCUCCUCUCGGCUCUGCUGGUGGCCACGUGGGUGCUGGCGGUUGGGAUCUAUCUGACCUGGAGGCAUGAAAAGAUCAAGAAGACUUCCUUCACUACCACACUACUGCCCCCCAUUAAGGUUCUUGUGGUUUACCCAUCUGAAAUAUGUUUCCAUCACACAGUUUGCUACUUCACUGAAUUUCUUCAAAACCACUGCAGAAGUGAAGUCAUCCUUGAAAAAUGGCAGAAAAAGAAAAUAGCCGAGAUGGGUCCCGUGCAGUGGCUUACCACUCAGAAGAAAGCCACAGAUAAGAUCAUUUUCCUUCUUUCCAAUGAUAACACCAUGUGUGAUGGUACCUGUGGCAAGAGGGGGGGAAGCCCCUGUGAGAACUCCCAAGACCUGUUCCCCCUCGCCUUUAACCUCUUCUGCAGCGAUCUGAGAAGCCAGACUCAUCUGCAGCAAUACGUGGUGGUCUAUUUCAGAGAGGAUGAUACCCAAGACAACGACACUGGGCUCAGUGUCUGCCCCACAUACCGCCUCAUGAAGGAUGCUACGGCUUUCUGCACAGAGCUCCUCCACGCAAAACAACGUGUGUCGAUGAGGAGAAGGGUGCGCGCCUGCCACUACAGCUGCUCCUCCCUGUAGCCCAGCCACGAAGCAGGAAACCUUAAAGCCUUCCUACUGCUCCAAUUACAGGAGGAAAGCAUCUGUGAUGAUUCUGAAGUUUACCGUAUGGGCUACUUGUAGGCUUACAGUUGAACCUUGAACAACCCAAGGGGUAGGGGUGCUGACCCCUGUGCAGUCGAAAAUUCAUGUAUAACUUUACAGUCCACCACCUGUAUCUGUGGCUCUGCAUCCGUGGAUUCAACCAACUGCAGAC